AUGCCGCCGAAGAUUGAUCCAACCGCUAUUACAACAGUGUUCUUGCGUGUGACUGGUGGCGAGGUGGCUGCAACUUCGGCGCUGGCGCCGAAACUGGGUCCGUUGGGUCUGCCACCCAAGAAGGUGGCGGACGACAUCGCCAAGGAAACGGCGGACAUGAAGGGUCUCCGUCUGACAGUGAAGCUGACUAUUCAGAAUCGGCAAGCGACGGUGUCGUUUGUGCCCACCACUUCGGCGUUGCUGAUUAAGGCAUUGAAGGAGCCGGUGCGUGAUCGGAAGAAGGUGAAGAACAUAAAGCACAAUGGCAAUAUCACCUUUCUUGAUGUCCUUGAGGUGGCACGCGUCAUGAGACCACGUUCGUUGGCCAGAGAACUUGCAGGCACCGUGAAGGAGGUGUUGGGAACGGCCCGUUCUAUCGGCUGCUCCAUCGACGGGGAGACGCCGCAGGCAGUGAUUGAGAAGAUAAACUCUGGGGAGAUUGUGGUGGCUGAUUAG